CCCCUCGCCCCAUUUGCCCUGCUCUACCCGUGCUACUCACUCCCGGUACCGAUGCCACCGCUCUGCCUCGCUUAGCCCCCCUCGCUCCUUAAUGUCUCCAUAUAGCAUUUAUUAUUAGUGUAUCAUUCAGGUAAUAGUCUAGUAUGGUCAAUCCACCUCUUCAAGCUCAACUUCUCACCGGCUGACCCAAAGGAGAGUGUGCGACCUUGUCGGCCACCACAGGAUCAGUCACAGGUACAAGAACGGGCCAGCUUGGCCAGGCCACUGGACCUGAUCUGCAUGAUCACAAAACAAAGCCAAGUGAUCCUGAGCACCACAAGGCAAUCUACCAUGUACCGUAUGGUAUACAGUGAAGCACAGCGAUCAAAUAAGCACAGGGGGAUCAGUGCAUCUUUCUGAGGACAGGAUCACAAAAUCAUAAAUCACAUCCUAACUAAAAACAGAUUACAUACAUAAACACCAAAAUGAAGCUUGCACUGCCUCUUACACUCUCUCUUUCCACUGCUGUUUCCUUGUCCUUUGGAUUCCAGCCAUCAUUGUCUGGUACCAACCGUGGUCCUCGUACAUGGCAAGUUACCAGAAUUGGAGAACCAGCUGAAUUCGAAUCCGAGACCACAAGAAUAACCGAGUACCGGUACUUGCCAGAAGGGCUUCGGGAGGAGCUUCUACCAUUGGAAGGGGUACCAGUAUCUGCGCCUCCAAUUGCUGUUCCCAAGAAGAAGAGCACGAGUCAGAGAUCCGGGAAGGCUGCAUUGCCAAAAUGGGCACAACUUUUGAAUGAACAGCUCGGUCUUUCUCUCUUCACCCACCUUGACUCUACACGGCUUCAUGCAAUUGGGGGAGCAGUCUGGUAUGCAGGUGGCAGUGCAUUGCUCUGGUCCUCUUUGGCCCGUGAGUUCUUCUGGGAUGACUGGUCGACAUUCUCUGACAUGUCAUUGUCCAGCCCCAACGGCAUUGCUCUGUCAGCAGUGCUGUUGGGAACUGUUGUGACCUCUGUGACCACUGCUACCCAGAAGAUGGCUCCAGAAAAGAAACACCCAUUGUAUGCUAUAACUAUGCAGAACUCAAUGCUUUAUGGAGCCGUCCUUGCAGUGAUUGCUGCAGCGCAUCUUUUGGGGGAUGCCAUGCCUUCCAUGGCCAUGCAAGUUACCGACAUCGCACUGGCACUCGCCGGAUUAAAACUUUUGGAAGACCUGAUUGUCUACAAAGCUCCAUGGGAUCCUAUGCCUGUGUUUGAUGAGCUCAAUUUUGAAUACCCACCCCAUUGGAUUCAAAAGGUUGCCCAUGUGAUUUCCCUGUCCUGGGUCGCUGUUACGGUUGCCAAUGCCAGCCACAUCUUUACCGGUGACUUGGUAGGCAAUGACAUGGCCACAACCUUUGCUGUCCAAUUGGCUGUAGCUUCAUCCUUGGGUCCCUCGGGAGAGCCAUUCAUUGGAACCAUCCAAAAAAAGGAACGUUCCAACAAGCAAAAUGGUCCACGAAGGCUUGUUGUAGAUGCUGAGAAUGGUCAGUUCAAAGUCCCCUACUACGUGGAAGCGUUUGAGCUCACGUUCAAUCAACCUGGACCGCAGCUCCUCUGCAUUGCUGCUGCCUUGUUCACCCACCAUGCAGACGUUGUCGAAAAGUUCUUCUACCUUAGCUAGGCAGUUGGUCGCGAAAUCUGACUAUUGUAGCAGCCAUUCAAAGUAAAAGAUAAACAGUUGCGACGUUUAAAGUGAUCCCAUUUGUGCGUAUUUCACCAUUCAUUUCUUUGCAGCCUUGACACUGUGCGGGAAGCGAGUCAAAUCCCCACAAAACAGCAGUGGAGAAGACCGGAUGGUGGAAUCUUCCCAGAAUCGCGUAACCAGCCUCUCGCUGGGUGGGCGUCACUCUGCAUCAAGCUGGGUGGCGUCACUCUGCAUCAAACUUGUUCCCAUGAUAAUUAUGGAUUCAUUGCCAGGUGGGUGCAGUCCUUCGUUGCCGAGCUCAUCCCGAGGAUGGCACCCGAACUGCCGAAUGCGUACUUGACCAGAGCACACAGGGGCUCCUGCACUUCCUCAGGCACUUCACUCCUUACCGGUCUGGUUACACGUCUUGAAUCAGUUUGCGGAGACUCUGAACUGUCCCAACCAGUCCAAUGGUGCCUCCUACGAGCAAGAUAAAGGCCGCAAGAUGGUUGUAGCCAUGUAGUUUGAAAGAAAACAUGGCCGGAAGUACAAAUGCAAUGGCGGUACCGGCUACACAUCCUGUCAGGUCCAACACAUCCGCCAAGGACGGCACCAAGACUGCCAAAAUGGCCGAAGAUGCCCAUAGACACACAGUCAGCAAGACGUGAAGCGGUGGAAUCAAUUGCUUGGGUUCCAACAGCCACCAAGGUUGUUCUGCUCCUCCUGCUGCUGCUGAUUGUUGUGGUAUGGACAGAAUCAGCAAUUCCCGGCAACUCAAAAAGGGCAU